UGUGUCGAGAUUAUUUUAAAGAUCCAGUGUCUCUAGCUUGUGGGCACCAUUUCUGCCUAGCCUGCAUCACUCAGUGCUGGGAGGAAGUGCAGACUUCCACUGUCCUGAGUGCAGAGAAACCUUCUCCUGGAGAAACUUCAAACCAAACAGACAGCUGAGGAAUAUUGUAGAAGCUUCCAGACCACUUACACUGGAGUUGGGACAAUGUGUGAAAAACACAACGAGGAUUUUAAAGUCUUCUGCCAGGAGGAUCAAACACCCAUUUGUGUGGUUUGCCACCUGUCCCGAGAUCACAGAGAACACACGGUGGUUCCCAUAGAGGAGGCUGCUGAGGAUUACAAGGACCAAAUUCGGAGCCAUUUGGAGAUUUUGAAGGAAGAGAGAGACGAGAUUCUGUCGUAUAAAUCGAGUGGGGAAAAUAAAAGCCAGGAACUGCUGAAACAACUAGAAACUGAGAAGCAGAAGAUUGUGGCUGAAUUUCAGCAACUGCGCCAGUUUCUGGAGGGACAAGAGCGACUCCGCCUGGCCCAGCUGGAAGAGCUGAAUAAGGAAAUUGAAAAGACGGGGGCUGAGUAUGUUGCCAAACUAUCUGAGGAACUCUCCUCUUUCAGUUCCCUGAUCAGUGAGAUGGAGCAGAAGUGCCAGCAGCCAGCGAGUGAAUUCCUGCAGGACAUCAAAGGUACCUUGAGCAGAUGCGAGAGGGAGAAGUUUCAGAACCCAGUGGCCUUUUCUUCUGACCUGAAAUGGAGAAUCUGGGAAUCUUCUCAAAGAAAUGCACCUCUGGAGACCAUAGUGAAGGAAUUCACAGACUCACUCUCGUCCAGACAGCGGUUGGACAAAGCGAACGUGACUCUGGAUCCAGACACGGCCCAUCCCGACCUUAUCCUGUCUGCGGAUCGGAGAAGUGUGAGCUGGGGAGUCACAGGGCAGGACCUGCCCGACAACCCUGAGAGAUUUGACACUACGUGCUGUGUGCUGGGCUGCGAGGGAUUCACCUCCGGCCGACACUACUGGGAGGUGGAGGUGGAGGUGGAGGGGAGGAGGGGACUCUGGGCUGUGGGGGUGGCCAGAGAGUCUGUGAGCAGGAAGGGAGGGAUCAGCCUUAACCCUGAGCAGGGGGUCUGGGCUGUGCAGUGCAGGGGGGAUCAGUACUGGGCUCUCACGUCCCUUGAGCAGAGCUUCCCCUUGUCCCCGAGCCGGGGACCCCGCAGGAUCCGGGUGUAUCUGGACUAUGAACAGGGGCAGGUGGCGUUUUUCGAUGCUGGUACUGGGGACCCGAUGGUCACUUUCCCGCCCGCCUCUUUCGCCGGGGAGAGAAUCCGCCCGUUCUUCCGGGUUGGACACGGAAAGUGUUCAAAUCUCCAUUCCCUGCUUUUCCGGGGCCGGGGGAGUGCUGGUGUGCGGCUCCUCUAGCCCCCACCCCCUGAUCUCUAUGACCCUGGAGGACUGGGCUGAAGGGGGGGGGGUGACGCUCUACCCGCAGCUCUAUGGCUGUGGAGGUCUGUGUGCGGCGCUCUAGGAUCGGACUCUAUGCUCCUGGGAGGCCAACUCUGUGUGCAGUGGUGGGGGGUCCCACCAAGGAAGGAGGGAGCCCCCCUGUGGGAAGGACCCUGCCAAGGGCCAGAAGAGACCCCUCAACUGGGGGAGGGGCUGGCUGAAGGGGCUGGGGGGAGCA